AUGAUGAAACUUGGAGCCAUUGAUUUCAGUGCAUUUAGUGGAGUUUGCAAGUCAUGGAGAUCAUUUGCAGUCUCUAACAAGAACAAUUUUAUGGCGUCGAGACCACCCAUGUCCAUUUCUAUCUCUCCACAUGGUUAUGAGAAUGGCUGCUACUUAAAGGACUCUGAAGGAAGAAAAUUCAAAACCAUCAUUCCCCAUUUUGUUGGCAGGAUUUGUAUCGGAAUGACUAGUGGUUACUUGAUCUUGUUGUGCAAGAAAACCCGCGACUUCUUGCUUGUAAAUCCUAUCUCAAGGAAUGAACUUCAUUUCCCUGAUGUGCCCAGUGAUGAUGUCCCAAGUGAUGCCUUCGAUUAUACAAUUGACAAGGCUAUCCUUGUAUUUUCACAUUUAAUAUAUGGGUGGGUGUUUGGUUUGCUCAACAGAUACGAUCAUAAAAUAUGGUUUUAUAUAGCCGGUAGACAAGAAUGGACUUAUAUCUACACUGCUUGCUACGUCCAUGAUUUAGUUGCUUUUAAGGGGAAGAUAUAUAUUUUAGACGUUAAUAAUUGUUUCCAUGAAGUGAGACUUUAUCCAACACCUAAAGUGACGUCACUUAACAUCGAGAGUUUUCCAAAGCCACGCUUUGAUCAUCAUCCGGUGUUUGUAAGUUCCGGUGAAAAUCUUUAUGUAAUGGAACAAUAUCCAAACAUUCCACCAGGGAUUCAUAUAAUAAAUUAUGGCGAAAUGAAAUGUGUGUUACAUGAAAAGACAGGAGAAGAAUAUGCAUUCUUUCAUAACAACAUGAGUUAUGAUGUUGUUAUUCUACCACUAGAGUCGUGGGCUGAUCUGUGCUCACAAUAUAAACAAUAUAAACAAUACAGGAGAUAUGCUUUUGCUGAUGAAAGUGGAAAAGAGAAGUCCUUUCGUGCAUUGGCGUGGUACUUCCUUCAUGAUUGUUUGAAGGUUAAUUACAUAGAUUAG